AUGGGCGUGCCAACGUACAUUGUGACGGGCGUGCCAAUGUACAUUGUGACGGGCGUGCCAAUGUACAUUGUGACGGGCGUGCCAAUGUACAUUGUGACGGGCGUGCCAACGUACAUUGUAACGGGCGUGCCAAUGUACAUUGUGACGGGCGUGCCAAUGUACAUUGUGACGGGCGUGCCAAUGUACAUUGUGACGGGCGUGCCAAUGUACAUUGUGACGGGCGUGCCAAUGUACAUUGUGACGGGCGUGCCAACGUACAUUGUAACGGGCGUGCCAAUGUACAUUGUGACGGGCGUGCCAACGUACAUUGUGACGGGCGUGCCAACGUACAUUGUGACGGGUGUGCCAACGUACAUUGUGACGGGCGUGCCAAUGUACAUUGUGACGGGCGUGCCAAUGUACAUUGUGACGGGCGUGCCAAUGUACAUUGUGACGGGCGUGCCAACGUACAUUGUGAAGGGCGUGCCAACGUACAUUGUGACGGGCGUGCCAACGUACAUUGUGACGGGCGUGCCAAUUUACAUUGUGACGGGCGUGCCAAUGUACAUUGUGACGGGCGUGCCAAUGUACAUUGUGACGGGCGUGCCAAUGUACAUUGUGACGGGCGUGCCAAUGUACAUUGUGACGGGCAUGCCAACGUACAUUGUGACGGGCGUGCCAACGUAUAUUGUGAAGGGCGUGCCAACGUACAUUGUGACGGGCGUGCCAAUGUGCAUUGUGACGGGCGUGCCAAUGUACAUUGUGACGGGCGUGCCAACGUACAUUGUGACGGGCGUGCCAACGUACAUUGUGACGGGCGUGCCAAUGUACAUUGUGACGGGCGUGCCAAUGUACAUUGUGACGGGCGUGCCAAUGUACAUUGUGACGGGCGUGCCAAUGUACAUUGUGACGGGCGUGCCAAUGUACAUUGUGACGGGCGUGCCAAUGUACAUUGUGACGGGCGUGCCAAUGUACAUUGUGACGGGCGUGCCAAUGUACAUUGUGCGCUUUGUGUUUCUGGGCGCCCUGGUCGGCCUGGACGUGCCCUUCCACGGGGGCGAGGACGACGGCGAGGAGUUUGACAUGGGGGACAGCCAGGAGGACGACGGCCAGGAGUUUGACAUGGGGGACAGGACGGCGGCCAGGAGUUUGACAUGGGGGACAGGACAGCCAGUCGGGCUGGAUAUGGCCUUCCACAGCGGCGAGGACGAGGGCGAGGAGUUCGACAUGGAGGACAGCCAGUACGGCGGGCGGUGCUUCCUGUCCGGGCGGUCGAUGCACCACCGCAUGCCGAGCGUGUUGGAGACCAUCGUGGGUCUAGACGUGGCCUUCCAUGGGGGCGAGGACGAGGGCGAGGAGUUCGACAUGGAGGACAGCCAGUACGGCGGGCGGCGCUUCCUCACAGGCCGCUCCAUGCACCACCGCAUGCCGGGCGUGCUGGAGACCAUCGUGCGCAUGCUCAACCCCAAGCGCUGGGGCCGCCCGGGCGGGCCGGUGGAGGCGUUUGGGCAGAAGAGGGACGUGUGGCACCGCGCGCUGGAUAACACUCCGUACGGGCAGUUCUCGCUGGCGAUGUACGAGGCGAACUAUGUGAUGGAGGACACGGCUGAGGUGGAGGGCAGCAGUAGUGGCGUGUAUAUCGGCGUGCAUGAUGGGCAUGGCGGGACUGAAACGUCGGAGUUCCUCAAGGAGAAUCUCUACUUUAACCUCAAAGCGCAAUUCAUGCACCAGGGCGGGCAGGUGUCAGCAGAAGCAGUGCGAGGAGCCUUCCACGAAACUGAGACUGCUUUCACCCAGGUGGUGCGGCAGUCGUUUGAAGCAAGCCCGCAUCUGGCGACGGUGGGAUCGUGCAGUGUGGUGGCGGUGGUGACUGGCAAUGCCCUCUGGGUGGCCAACGUGGGCGACUGCAGAGCCGUGCUGGGGCAGGUGCGCAAGGGAGACGACAACUCACUGGAGUGUCGGGCCCUACAACUGUCGGUGGACCACAACCUUUCCUUCGCUUCCAUCCGAGAGAAGUUCAUCGAGGAGCAUGCCGACAUGCCGGAUGCUGUGGUGGAGAAGCGCGGAGGGUUCCGUGUGAAGGGCAAAGUGACGGUCACCCGGUCAUUCGGCGACCUCUAUCUAAAGUCCCACGAGUUCAACCGCGAGCCGCUCUUCUCGCGCUUCCGAGUGCCGGAGCCCUUCCACCCACCGCUGCUGUCGUGUGAGCCCAACAUAGCAGUGCGCCUGCUGUCGCCGCACGACUCCUUCGUCAUCCUCGCCUCUGACGGACUCUUUGAGUUCAUCAGCAACCAGGAGGCUGUGGAUAUUGUCGCCAGCAGCCCCAGGAAGGACAUAGCCCGGCAGCUGAUUCGGGCGGCGCUGCGGCGGGCGGCGGAGAGGCGGGAGAUCCGGUACCAGGAUCUGCUGCGCAUGGCGAGUGGGCAGCGGCGGGAGUACCACGAUGACAUCACGGUGGUGGUGUUCUUCUUUAACCACGAGGCGCGGACCAAACAUGCUGCAAAGAGCAACAUGACCUGGAACCACGUGAGUGAGAGGGGAAGGGAAGUGAGGGAAGGAGGGGAAGAUGGGGGGCAGCGGCGGGAGUACCACGAUGACAUCACAGUGGUGGUGUUCUUCUUUAACCAUGAGGCACGCACCAAACACAACAAGAGCAACCUCACAUGGAACUAUGACAUCUCCUUCAAGGCCGGCAAGGGUGCCAGCCUCUGCUGCCCCUCGUGUGCAUCCCCAUACCAUCCCUCAUCUCCUCUGCAUGUGACGACCUGCCCUCCCUGCCUGCUGCACCCCUACCCGCAGGACAUCUCCUUCAAGGGUGGCAAGGAUGCUCGACUCGCCCUCAACGCCGCUGCAGCAGCUGAUCUCACCUCGCCCUCAAAACAAGGAGCCAAUGACGCACGAGCAGGCCUUUCCUCCGCGUCAGGCUCCCUCAACCGAACCACCUCGUCCGUGCCUGAGGAUGGGGUGCUUGAAAUGGAGCUUCCAGCUCCGGCCCGAACCAACAGCCGAACCUUCUUAACAUGGUCUCAGUGA